AUGACAAUGUUUUCUGUUCGACUUCAAAGACUGGCGUUGUAUUCGCUGUUGGUUCUUACAGUAAUUUUAAUUUACCAGAUUUAUAGCCAUAGCGAAAAGCUGGUAAAACGGCAAGAAACACGGCCGGAUGAAGCGAUGAGAUUAAACCAUGUGGAAUCGUUGGCGGAAAAAGACGAAGUGGCAAGAAGAGAAUCUGAAGAGCGAAUGAAGAAACGGGAGGUCGACAUGGAACGGCCAAGUUUGCUCUUAAAGAAAGAAGUCAAGAGAUUAAAAUCGCGCAUGAAUCAAAAGGACGAGCUGAUUCAGCGGUUAACUGCUCAAUUACAAAAAGAGAAAUCACAGGCGGAGAAAUUUAAAAAGGAGGUUGGACACUUAAAGAUUCAAAACGCCGAACUAUUGACUGAAGUGGAAAGCAAAGCUGUGGCAGAAAACAGCGGAAGAAGUGAGCAAAACUCAGAACUCGUGAAAGAUCAAUCAAGCUCGAACAGCAAAUUCCUAGCGAGUGUGCGCGAUAUUCAAGUGUCGGAACGCGUUCAGUUUCAAAGUUUCGCCAAAGCGCACGUUUUUGAGUACGCGUCGCUCGUGAGACCAAAGGAUUAUAUUUUUCACGCCGGACAAAAAAAGGGGAGAGUAAAGUCAAGCAAGAAACAUUUCAUAGAAGCUCAGGACAUCGCGAUUAACUUUAUAAACACAAAUACGUCCUAUCGUGUAAGUCGCGACAAUGUCGUGGAUGGAGUUUACAGAAUCGACAUUAACGCGGGAAUUGAUUAUGAACUCUACUUCAAAGACUCGAAAUCAAAUAAAUACAUAUCAAUACGUCUAAUUCGUCCGCUGGGACGUCUUCAGCCAGUUGCAAUCCCAAAUGAUAGCAGGAAUCCCAAGGAACUUAUCAACCUGAUUCUUCCAUUGUCUGGCAGACUCGAGAGAUUUCAGCAGUUUAUAGACACAUUCGUGGAGGUGUGCAUAAAACGCGACAAGCAUGUUUUCCUUACGGUAGUUUUGUACGGCGCUUCAGACUUCAAGAAAGUAAAAUCUACUCUAAAAGACCUCGAGGCGACGUACGGUUUUAAAAAAUAUCAACUGAUAAUGCGAGAUAAGCCUUUUUCUCGUGGUAGGGCUUUACACGACGGAGUUCUGUAUUGGAGCAGUAAGCCCAGCAAUGUUUUGUUGUUCUUUUGCGAUGUUGACAUAACCAUCCGGCCUGAAUUUCUCCGGCGGUGUCGCAUGUAUACGGAGCCAAAAAAGAAGGUCUAUUACCCGAUGGUGUUUAGCUUAUAUAAUCCAAAGAAUGUGUACGAAGAUGGUAAUAUUCCCCCUCCUGCAGAACAGUUGAAAAUCGGUAAGUUUAAACCGUUCUCCAAUUUAGCUUUGGCCACACCCAUACUGUAACAAAUACAAUCAUGGAAAAAAUAAAUGGAAAACCUAGACCUCCCCUACCCCCAAAUCAAAGAUGGGAAAAUUGCCCGUUUUUGCCCUUCGCGCGGCUGCAUCUUGGAUUUGGGGGGGAUAGGGGUUUGCUGUUUCAUUUUUUCUGCUUAAGAUUGUACUCUUUGUAAGGGAAUACAAGACAGUCAUGAAUUCUGUAUUUCAGGUUCUGGAGGGGGGGGUUGGGAUUUUUGGUUUUGGCCUUUUUUUAGGUCAGUUUUUCGGUUUUUGCACUGAAAACCUUCAGUUUUUCGCAGUUUUUCGCUUUUGUUGUCCUUUGCGGUUUCCGGUUUUUCCGUUUUUUAGCAUCUGGUUUUUUCGGUUUUAUGGCAAAAAUAAAGCAGGUUAGAUUCCUCUGUGGGGUUCUGUUCAGUCAGAUGUUAAGCUACAGUAGUAUAUGUUUCUAUUUCACAGUCAAUCCAGGUCAAACUACAUUGUGGGAUUCUGGAUUUUUGAUCACAGUUUACAGCUAUAUAAGAUCUUUUUGCCAACGCAAUAUUCAAUCGAGGAUCUUUGCGAAUUCUCCUGGACAAUCCUAGGGCAGAUAUGCAGGUUUUACGACCAUAGCAUCCAUAGAUGGUGCUGAUAAUGUGAUGAUAUUGAUAUCUAGAAUGAUGAUGUGAUAUUGUUUAGUCGGCAAAAUUGAAGAACAACUCCCCAAAAAUUCUGUCGGCCGAAUGUCAAAGACGACAAACGGCCGACUCGAUUGUCGUUAAACUGUAGGAGAGCUGUUGGUGGAUGAGAUGAGAGUUCAUAUUUAUUGAUCAAGGUAAAAGAGAUAGUUUGAGUAUCAGUUUUCUUUAACGAACGAGAGUUAGCUUUACAGCGGUUACCGGUUACGAAAGGUUUUUUCCUGUUUGUUGUAACCUGACCCGAGUUUUCGUGGACGUCAAUCAACUGUUUCCAUGGUUUUCUCAGGCGCUCUGGCAGAGAAGGUUCCCUCGUCGUAGCCUGCGAUCAUGCCCUCUCCUUUUAUCUCUGUAAUCUGUGCUCUCUUUUCGUUUCGCCUUGCCCGCCGGAAAGUUAUUUACAAACCCAAACGAAAACUGAGCCUGUAAGUAUGUACUGUAAAUAUCAUAUUAUCCACUCCCCUCAGGGCUUUUCAGGGAUAAUUUACAACACUGGUUGGGGAACUUUGUCAGACUGCUUGACGUGCAGUUUACGAGUAAUAAAGGAACGAGUAAUGAUGCCCCCAUACACGAGUGUGAAAGUGAGAUAGACCACUACACCGGGUACUACGUGCCCUACUCUUUACGAGGAGUGUGUGGGUUCUUCAACGUCCCACAGAUUCAUUACAUGUGCAAGGGCUUGUGAGACGGGACCUACGGUAAAGUCAAACCGUUUGCAUAUGUUAUUACAAAGGCAACACUUUCUCCUCAGUUAUUUCAAGACCCUGAGUGCUGGUCCGACCUGGGUUUGAACCUACGGCCUCCCGCUCGGCAUACCGGCGCACUCCCAACUGAGCCAACCGCUGCAGUAUAAAAAUGUCAAAUAAACCCAGAAGUGAAACAUCCUUAUUUGAUUCACAAGGAGCACAAGGAGCAUGCACAAGUACCGCUUUUUUAUAUGUCUUUAUGUUUCUCUCUUCAGGACGCCUUCACGGCUUUUGGCGAAUAUACGGAUUUGGAAUGACGUGCCAAUACCGAUCAGAUUAUCUUCAAGUUGGUGGCUUUGAUUUGAACAUUGAAGGAUGGGGAUCCGAAGAUUCGGGACUAUACCACAAGUACCUUCUUCAACCCAGUAUUAGGUAAUGUUAAAAACGGAAAAAAACAAAACAAAAACAAAGAAACAUAAAACUCUUCUUCAGGUAAGCUUCCCUAAUCUUGAAAACCCCCUAACAUCGCGUUUCGUCAGAGUGAAGGGAUAUUACUCCAAAAAAAUAGCUUUCGAAUCUCUUUAUAUACGGUGGUCAAAUAACUAAUCAACACGCUGGAUAAAACCACUAAGCUCUAGUUUCAAAACUUCAACGUUUAAGUUUUUUGAGCAAGAUACGGCACAAAUGUUCGUUAAGUCCUGUAUUCUCUUUUUCUGCUCUUUUUCAGAAUCAUCCGCGCGCCCGACAGAGAUUUGUUCCAUCAUUUUCACGAAAAGAAGUGCGACCCCGCCCUCACAACAGAGCAAUAUCAGUCUUGUUUGGGUUCCAAAGCGUCGGCUGAGGGAACGCACACUCAGAUUGCUAUUCAGCUGACAAAGCUUAGGGAGAAGUACGAAUCAGAUUCACUCCAGGACGAGGGCGACGACUGACCGUGCACACGUGACACGUGUGAGGCUAAACACGUGAGGAAGCCAUUCAAAAACCCACAGGAACGACCCUUCAAGUUUUUUUUUUGUUUUGCUUUGCAUCCU